AUGGCGACAUGGUUUCAAGUCUUGGUGCUGAUUGCUUGUUUACUUCCUUCACUGGUUGAAUGCAUCGUUCGUGAAUACAAAUUCAAUGUGGUGAUGGCGAACGCCACAAGACUAUGCUCAACUAAGCCCAUAGUGACAGUGAAUGGGCAGUUUCCCGGUCCGACGAUCUAUGCCAGGGAAGAUGACACCGUUCUCAUCAAGGUUGUCAACCACGUCAAAUACAACCUCUCCAUCCAUUGGCAUGGCGUAAGGCAGCUUCGAACGGGAUGGGCCGACGGUCCAGCAUACAUAACGCAAUGUCCAAUUCAGCCAGGGCAAACCUAUGUCUACAACUUCACAAUCACAGGCCAGAGAGGAACACUUUGGUGGCAUGCGCAUAUCCUAUGGCUUAGGGCCACUCUCAACGGUGCACUUGUCAUCCUCCCCAAGCCCGGCGUACCAUACCCAUUUCCCAGCCCACAUGAGGAAACUAUCGUCAUAUUAGGUGAGUGGUGGAAGUCAGAUGUUGAAUCGGUUAUCAAAGAAGCAUUGAAAUCGGGCUUGGCACCUAAUGUUUCCGAUGCUCACACGAUCAAUGGCCAUCCAGGGUCCGUCCCGAAUUGCUUCUCUAAAGGAAGGUUCAGAUUGCCGGUGGAUCCAGGCAAGAAAUACAUGCUGAGAAUCAUCAAUGCAGCGCUUAAUGACGAACUUUUCUUCAAGAUUGCUGGUCACAAUCUCACAAUAGUUGAGGUUGAUGCAGCAUAUGUGAAACCAUUCACAACCGACACUAUUCUAAUAGCACCAGGCCAGACCACCAACGCCAUUGUAUCCACCGAUCAGGAAAGUGGCAAGUACUUAAUGGCAGCUUCGCCAUUUAUGGACGCCCCUAUUGCAGUUGAUAACCUUACCGCCACUGCCACAUUACGUUAUUCCGGCACCGUUUCGAGUAUUGCCACCACCUUGACAAGUCUGCCGUCUAAAAAUGCCACCCCUGUGGCUACAAAAUUUAUGGACUCCCUCAGAAGCCUGAACUCGCAAGAAUACCCUGCCCAGGUUCCCUUGGAUAUUGAUCAUUCUCUUCUUUUCACGAUUAGCAUUGGAAUCAACCCUUGUGCUACUUGUGUCAAUGGUAGCCGACUCGCGGCUGAUAUCAAUAAUAUCAGCUUCGUCCUGCCCAAAAUCUCUCUCCUGAAUGCACAUUUCUUUAAUCUAAGUGGAGUAUUCACUGAUGAUUUUCCAGGGAACCCGUUAAUGCCGUAUAAUUAUACGGGCAAGCAGCCUACCAACCUGGGGACUAUGAAAGGAACUAGGCUAUAUAGACUUGCCUAUAAUUCCACUGUACAGUUAGUAUUGCAGGAUACUGGGAUGAUUAGCCCUGAAAGCCAUCCAUUUCAUCUGCAUGGUUUCAACUUUUUUGUGGUCGGAAGUGGUAUAGGCAAUUUCAACCCCAACAAGGAUCCGCUUAAUUUCAAUCUUGUUGACCCUGUUGAAAGAAAUACGGUCGGAGUGCCUACUGGUGGCUGGGUUGCCAUCAGAUUCCGAGCUGAUAAUCCGGGGGUGUGGUUCUUGCACUGUCACUUGGAAGUUCACACCACAUGGGGACUUAAGAUGGCAUUUGUGGUGGACAAUGGGAGAGAUCCAGAUGAAUCCCUUCUACCACCACCGACAGAUUUACCCAAAUGUUGAGAACUUUCGGAUACUCCAUGUACAUUAUAUAACUUCAAGAAUCAGACAACGGAAGGCUGGACACUCAGCAUAUAACAGUGCAGUUCACCCGGUAGAUUUCGUUUUAUAUCUAUCGGCUUGUUGCCAUAAACAAUCAUACAAAGAUAAGGAAAUUACCAUGAUAAACUUUUAAGUUCUGGAAAAGGAUAAAGAAUUAAGAGGGAAUGAAUA